AUGGAGUUAAUUGCACUUUUAGCUUCUUUGUUUUUGGUCUCAGUUUCACUGCCAACUUCUAGUUCAACCAGUGGUCAAAUUUUCAGCCAGUGCAUGACAGUUCAAUCCAGUAACUACACUAGAACUUCUGAUCAAACCAUUUACACCUCAAAUUCCUCUUCGUAUUCAUCAAUCUUGCAAUCUUCCCAACAAAAUCCCAGAUGGUUAAACUCCACAUCAAAGCCUCUUCUCAUUGUUACACCUCUCAAGGAGUCUGAAAUCCAAGCAGCUCUUCUUUGCAGCAGAAAUCUUGGCUUACAAGUCAGGGUCAGAAGUGGAGGCCAUGACUAUGAAGGCCUGUCUUACCUCUGCAAAACCCCAUUUGUCAUCAUUGACCUCAUCAAUCUUCGGUCUGUUAAGGUCAAUGUUGCAGAUCAAACAGCUUGGGUUCAGUCAGGAGCUACACUUGGUGAGCUUUACUAUAGCAUUGCCAAGAAAAGUGGAAGCCUUGGAUUUCCAGCAGGGUUAUGUCCUACUGUUGGAAUUGGUGGGCACUUCAGUGGAGGUGGGUUUGGUACCUUGAUGAGGAAGCAUGGCCUAGCGGCUGACAAUGUCAUAGAUGCUCGCCUAAUUGACGUCAAUGGAAGAAUCCUCGACAGAAGAACAAUGGGUGAGGAUCUGUUUUGGGCCAUUAGAGGAGGUGGGGGGUCAAGUUUUGGGAUCAUACUUUCAUGGAAAAUCAAAUUGGUUCACGUUCCAAAAAUUGUGACUGGUUUCACAGUUCGCAAAACAUUGGCACAAGGUGCAAGCAAACUUGUUCACAGGUGGCAAUACAUUGCAGACAAGUUUCUUGAAGAUCUUUUCAUCAGGAUCAUCAUUGAAAUGUGGGGAGUGGGAAGGAGAAAAAAGUCCAAUAUUUUGCUGGCUUCCAAAAGAGACCAGUCCCCAGAGGUCUUGCUGUCUAGGGACCCCCUCUGGAAGAGCAAUUUCAAGGCUAAAUCUGACUAUGUCAAGCAACCUAUACCAGAGGUUGGUCUAAAAGGGAUUUGGGAGAGGUUUCAGCAAGAUCAAACAGUAUUCGUGAUAAUGGAUCCUUAUGGUGGAAGGAUGAAUGAGAUAUCAGAAUUUGAAAUUCCAUUUCCCCACAGAAAAGGUAAUUUGUUCAACAUACAAUACAUAGUGAAGUGGGAUGUAAAUAGUGUUGAGGAAACCAACAAGCAUAUACACUGGAUAAGAAUGCUUUAUAGGUUCAUGAGCCCUUAUGUUUCUAGAUCUCCGAGAGGUGCCUAUAUCAACUAUAAGGAUCUUGAUUUGGGGAGCAACAAGCAAGAGAACACAAGCUACUUGGAAGCAAGUGCUUGGGGCACAAAGUACUUCAAGGGUAACUUCAAGAGGCUGGCACAAGUGAAGAGCAAGGUUGAUCCAGACAACUUCUUCAGAAAUGAACAAAGUAUUCCACCUCUUCCUGCUUUGUUUAGAAUUACAGAAGUUUAG